AUGGGUCUUCGAACCGUUCUUGCUACCGCCAUUACUGGCUUGCCAGUCAUCCAAGCUGCCAUUCCCACCAUUUCGGGAUUCACGCUGACCUGGGGUGACGACUUUGUUGGCUCCGCCAACAGCCUUCCCAGCACAUCAAACUGGAUCAUCGACACUGGCACCAGCUACGCGGGAGGUCCUGCCAACUGGGGCACGGGAGAGAUCCAGACAUACACCAGUAGCCCCAGCAACUUGAAGCUGAAUGGAAAUGGGGCCCUCCAAAUCACCGCAAUCAAGAGCUCUUCCGGUGCCUGGACCUCUGCUCGUAUUGAAACUCAACGCAGUGACUUCAUUGCACGCGCAGGAGGUAAAAUGAGAAUCCAGGCAAGUCUCAACCUGCCUAAUGUUGGUAGCAACGGCAUUGGGUAUUGGCCAGCGUUUUGGACACUCGGUAGUGCGUAUCGAGGCAAUUACCAAAACUGGCCUUCCGUUGGUGAAUUCGAUAUAAUGGAGAACGUGAAUGCGAUAAACCGUGUCUGGGGCGUGAUGCACUGCGGUGUUAACCCCGGCGGGCCGUGCCGAGAGACGGACGGCCUCGUGGGAUCGCGAGAGUGCCCUGGAAGCCCAUGCCAAGGCAACUUCCACACCUACACCCUGGAGGUCGAUCGUACUCAGGAGCUCGAGGCUGUCCGAUGGUUUGUCGACGGCACUCUCUUCUGGCAAAUUGUGGAAACCGACCUGCCGGCCGACACCUGGGCUCAGGCAGUUCACAAUCCUCACUUUGUGUUGCUGAACCUGGCUAUCGGAGGUGCUUUCCCCAACAACAACUAUGGCAGCGCCACUCCACUCGCCAAUACUGUCAGCGGUGGCACACUGCAGGCAGAGUACAUCGCUGUCUAUAACGCCUAG